CUUUGGAGAGAGGCGGGCGGAACAUCGCGCAGCUCUCACUCUCCAGCCCCGAAAGAGUUAAACGCUUUUCCCAUGAACGGAGCGGCUGGCUGGAGGUUAGUUCGGCUGUUGCGGUGCAGAGCCUGUGGACGCGUCGGCAGCGGACAGCAAAGCUCCAAACCCGGCCAACUUCGGAACCAAGCUGCCACUACUGCACGUCACAGCAGUCAUGUCGGAGCGAAGGAAGGUCUCUGGGUUUGACAUCGCUACUACUACUGAGCGUGUGCGUGCGUGAGAGGGAGAGGGCUGUUUUUUUUUCCCUGCUUGUGUGGAUAUCGCCUUCAUGGACGGGCAACGGGGCUUUUACGAGAUGGAGAACCCGACCGAGAACCCCAGCAAGGCUGCGGAGUAUCUAAAGGAGCUGAAUAAGAUUAUCGAAACCCAGCAGGGGCUGCUGGAGAAGCAGAGGGUCCGGAUUGACGAGCUGGAGCUCCAGGUGACGGAUCUUUGCAAGGAAAACGCCUGCCUGAAAGAUCAGCACCAGCGUCACCUGGCCACCUGCAGACUCCAGCAGGGCAACCACUCCACCCUGGGAGCCAUCAAGGAGAACGUCAUGCAGGAAAAAUCUGAAAGUGAAAGUCCCAGAGGUGUCAGGCGACACGCCUCAUUGCCCGUCUCAGAGAUUCCUCUAAACCUUAUUGCCCCUCCGUGUAGAAGAGGUUACCCCUGUCGCAAAUGGAAGUCUGCAUCUUUUGGACCAGACACAGAAGUUCCCAGCUCAGCCAUGACUCACAGAUGCCACCAUCAUUUUGUGGAAGGUGAUGCUCCAGGCAGCGAGGUGGGCGCCUCUGUGGACCCCAGCAGCGGCUACAGUUGCAUCCCAGUGACCCACAGCGGGGGGCUCGGCCCCGAUCACCUGGACAGUCAGCUCUACGGACACAUCUUCCUUCCCAGCCACUCGAGGCCCCGCCGGCCCAAGCUUCAGCAUUCACAGUCUAUCCUCCGCAAGCAGGCAGAGGAGGAGGCCAUCAAGCGCUCCCGCUCUCUGUCUGAGAGCUAUGAGCUCUCAUCAGACCUACAGGACAAGCAGGUGGAGAUGCUAGAGCGCAAAUAUGGUGGGCGUUUCAUAACCCGGCAUGCAGCCCGCACCAUCCAGACAGCCUUCCGCCAGUACCAGAUGAACAAGAACUUUGAGCGUCUUAGAAGUUCUAUGUCUGAGAACCGUAUGUCCAGACGGAUCGUCCUAUCCAAUAUGAGAAUGCAGUUUUCCUUUGAAGGGCCUGAAAAAGUCCACAGCUCUUAUUUUGAGGGAAAGCAGGUCUCGCUAACAGAUGAUGGCACCAAGAUUGGCGCGCUGGUGCAGUCAGAGCAUAGUGGGGAAAUGGGCAUGCAGGCCAAGACUCCAACAACACAGAGUGACUUCACAGACGCUAUUACAGAACUUGAAGAUGCCUUCUCUAGGCAGGUCAAAUCUCUAGCUGAGUCCAUUGAUGAUGCUCUAAACUGUCGCAGUCUACAUGGUGACGACAACCAGUCGGAGCCAGGGAGAGGUCACCAGGAUAUGGACAGGGAGGUCAGCUGCCAGAUUAAACCCUCCCACGGCGCUGCAGAACACCGCAAACUGGACGAGAUGACGGCGUCUUACAGUGACGUCACCCUUUACAUCGAUGAAGAAGAACUGUCACCGCCACUGCCCCUGUCUCAAUCUGUCGACCGGCCCUCCAGCACAGAAUCAGAUUUACGUCAGCGUUCCCUCAACUCUUCCCAGGACUACUGGUCACUGGCUCAUAAGGAUGAGAAAGGGGACACGGACACCAGUUGCCGCAGUACACCAUCUCUGGAGUGCCAAGAGCAGCGCUUGCGGGUAGACCAUCUACCCUUACUUACCAUUGAGCCUCCAAGCGACAGCUCGGUGGAGUUGAGUGAUCGUUCAGAUCGCAGCUCGUUGAAGAGACAGAACGCCUAUGAUCGGAGCCUCGGCAACCAGCAGAGCAGCCCUAAACACAUUGGCCACAGCCUUCCACCCCGGGGGCCUUCCAGAGAAGAAGAUGCCACCCGCCAUCGGCCAAGACAACUGGAGGCCCAUCUGGCCAUCAAUGGCACCGCAAAUCGACAGAGCAAGUCAGAGUCUGAUUUCUCUGACGGUGACAAUGACAGCAUCAACAGCACAUCCAACUCCAACGACACCAUCAACUGUAGCUCGGAGUCCUCGUCCAGGGACAGCCUGAGGGAGCAGACGCUCAGCAAGCAGACGUACCACAAGGAGACGCGCAACAGCUGGGACUCACCUGCAUUCAGCAAUGACAUCAUCCGCAAGAGACACUACCGCAUUGGCCUGAACCUCUUCAACAAGAAACCAGAAAAAGGCAUCCAGUAUCUGAUUGAGCGGAACUUUGUUCCAGACACUCCAGUGGGUGUGGCCCACUUCCUGCUGCAGAGGAAAGGCUUGAGUAGACAGAUGAUUGGCGAGUUCCUGGGUAACAGACAGAAGCAGUUCAACCGUGAUGUUCUUGACUGUGUGGUGGAUGAAAUGGACUUCUCAGCGAUGGAGCUGGAUGAAGCGCUCAGGAAAUUUCAGGCCCACAUCAGAGUGCAGGGAGAAGCUCAGAAGGUGGAGCGGCUGAUAGAGGCCUACAGCCAGCGCUACUGCAUCUGCAACCCCGGUGUGGUGCGACAGUUCAGGAACCCCGACACCAUCUUCAUCCUGGCGUUUGCCAUCAUCCUCCUCAACACAGACAUGUACAGCCCCAACGUUAAGCCUGAGAGGAAAAUGAAGCUGGAGGACUUCGUUAAGAACCUUCGAGGAGUGGAUGAUGGGGAGGACAUCCCCCGAGAGAUGCUAGUAGGGAUAUAUGAGCGGAUUCGUAAGCGAGAGCUCAAGACUAAUGAAGACCAUGUGUCCCAGGUUCAGAAAGUGGAGAAACUCAUUGUUGGUAAAAAGCCGAUUGGCUCCUUACACCAUGGCCUGGGCUGUGUGCUGUCCCUCCCCCACAGGAGACUGGUCUGUUACUGCAGACUUUUUGAAGUGCCCGACCCGAACAAACCACAGAAGUUGGGCCUGCACCAAAGGGAGAUCUUCCUCUUUAAUGACCUCCUGGUGGUCACUAAAAUUUUCCAAAAGAAGAAGAACUCUGUGACGUACAGCUUCCGCCAGUCCUUCUCACUUUAUGGCAUGCAAGUGCUGCUCUUUGAGAAUCAGUAUUAUCCCAACGGAGUCCGUCUGACCUCGGCCAUCCCCGGAGCUGACAUCAAAGUCCUCAUCAACUUCAAUGCACCCAAUCCUCAGGACCGCAAAAAGUUCACUGACGAUUUGCGGGAAUCUAUUGCUGAAGUCCAAGAGAUGGAGAAGUACCGGAUAGAAUCUGAGCUAGAGAAACAGAAGGGGGUGGUGAGGCCCAGCAUGUCCCAGAGUUCAGGUUUAAAGAAGGACACGGGCAACGGCAACCUGAGCCGAGCGAGCCUCGACGACAGCUAUGCCAUUGGCGAAGGUCUGAAGAGGAGUGCCCUCAGCAGCUCCCUGCGAGACCUCUCAGAUGCAGGCAAGCGUGGGAGACGCAGCAGUGCAGGAUCACUAGACAGCAAUAUGGAAGGGUCCAUCAUUAGCAGUCCACACAUGCGGCGGAGACCCCCCUCCAGCCGAGACUGCCCGUCCCGCCACAGUGGCCAGUCCCUGCCCAGCUCCGCAUCACUGCUCGGAUCUCUGUUUGGCACCAGACGGGUGAAGUCCCCCAGCCCCACCCCACAGCCCAUUCACCCCACCCUCAUUUCCCACUCCCCUCACCCCACCAACCUGCACCACACUGCGCGAGUGGAGACAGACACACCGGUCUCCAUGCACCACGCCCAGUUCUGCCACGUGGCCCAGAACCCCCCGCCUUACCACCACCACCACCACUACCACCCGCCGGCCCACUUGCAGCACCCUCCGCACCAGUACCACCCGGCCUCGUCUCAUGGCCAGCAGGCUCCCUACCCGCCUCACUCACAGCACAGCCACGGGAGUCACUCAGCACACUCCUCCCACCCGGCUCACGGCUCCCACCACCACGGCCCGCCGCCAGCGCCCACCCAGGCAACCGGAAGCACCAAGCCCAAGCACAGUGGCAUCAGUACGGUGGUGUGAGCAGCACAGGGGCUCUCUGACUGAACUUUGAGGCUCUCGGCUUACGAGACGGUCAUACUGUGCAUCGUUGGUCUGGGGAUGUGAAGCCAGACGAGAUCCUGUGCCUCCUUUAGCGUUUUUUUUGUUACGCUCGUCACUCGGGCAGUGAAUUCAGUAUUAACACAUUAUUUACUGGUUGCCCCUUUCAUUUCAUUUCAGUUCACAAGUCAUGUCUGCCUGCUUUAAGGGCAACAAUACAAGAGCAUGCACAAAGACCACGACUACUGUUUUUCUCCUCAGUUAACAUGAUCAAAUAUCUUGCGUACUAGUAUUUUACGGACAAAGUAAAUAGUAAUCUCGACUUAAUGUCUGCAAAGUGAGUUUAUCUAGUGUGAGGGUGGUCUGGCUGGACAGACAGACAAACAGACGGUCAUCCUCAGCAGUAGCUGUACAAGUAUUUAAUGUAGCCGUAGCUCACAGUGCACUGUGAUAUCUCUGUUAGCAGUGAUAAAUGUGCCAAUUAUUAAAGCAUUUACUAAUUUAGCCACAAAAAUGGUUAAUGUAUAUUGUGCAUAGUAUUUUGUAAAAUAACAAUAUCAACUGUUAUUAUUAUAAUUAAUAUUAGAGAACAAAUGGCAUCAAUUUAAACUCAGUAUUAUACUCGCACAUAGGUGGCGUAGUUUCACUGUUAAGAAAACAAUCAAUGCUCUUAAUAGCUAGGCAAUUCAGUAAGCUGGAACACUACUGCAUAUGGUUGCCUUUGAGUUAGAACUGUGUGAGGGCCGUCGAGGGCCGGUGCAGACCUGCACAUCGGCCGGACAACGGUCUCAUCCUGCUCGGGGUCGUCUCUUCUGCUCUGGAAAAAAAAAAGGAAGUGACGGCGAGCCAGUGAGCAAACAGGCUCAUCAUCGUGUUCGCCCCUUCAGUACUGGCUGCUCGUCCACCAUCAUUUUAUUUUUUUAAACUAUUUUUUUAGAUCCCAAUAAACAAAACGAAACGCUCUAUAUGUUGUGCUGCGAUGUGGCAGGAUUCUUCAAGUCCAUUCUGCAGGAGGAGGAGGAGGAGGAGGAUUUUUAUUUUAUUUUUUUUUUUUUGGUGGGGGGUGGGGGGGGUGUUUUUUCAUUGAAAACGAGCCAGUGCAAACUGUGUAGCAGGGAAACAGCAACAUGACUGUUCAAGUGUCUCUCCUGACGUGGAAGCUCUCAGCUGGCUGAGUGUCGCCCUGUCCCUCUUCGGUUUCAUUGGUCGCUCUUGAGCAGAGAGCAUGUGGUGCAGCACUGUUUCCUCCCUCCAUCUGACUUUUCCUCUGAGCCACACGUACACACAAUACACAGUACACAGUACAGAAAUCAAUAAUUAUCAUUCUUUGACGGUGAUAGCACUCUUAUAUGCUCAAAUGGAAGUUUUAUAUCAAUCAUCUUUAUGACAUAUUGUGGGAUGGCUGGUCGUAGCUCGGAGCCGUCCUGUGCAGAGUAUAGGCGGUGUGUGCAGAGGGGAGGCAGGGCGCUGGUGUGCUGGAGCGUCUUUUCAGGUGAAAGUGAUAGACACAGCACUUGUUCUACUUAGUUAUAUCAAUGGCAGAGGUUAGUCUGUCUGCUUAAAGACCAUGAGAUGGAUUUUGUUUUUGUUUUUUUACUUGUAUGUGCAAUAUGUAUUUACUUUUUUUUGUCUCAGAGCAAUUGCAAUCUGUUGGUUGUUCCAUUUUGUUUGCUCUGUUAGUUUUGUCUUCUUCCUCCCACUGACGUCCUCUGUCAUUUCUCCCUGAAUGUUUCAUUGAAUGCGAGUAACCACACAGAUUUGGAGGGACUGGACCUUCCACACUGAUAAAGAAUGUCAAAGAAAAUAAUUGCAUGUAACAGUGUAUUUCGAGGCUAUUUUCUAACUAUUGUGUAUUCCCAGACUAUAUCAGUGUUACAGUUGACAGUUGUUAAAAUGAAUGGUAGAAUAGUUUUAACUUCGCCAAUUACAGCUAGGCGAAGUCAACUAUGUGUUUGUGUCACUCCAGAGGAUAAGCAAACCUGUAUCUUUUCCUGAUCCACAUACGAUAGCUCUCUGGAUCGUAAGUGUACAACAGUAGUCAAAGCUGUGAGGGGAAAGGUAGAGCAAGUGAGAUGAAAGAUGUACUCUGUCAUCAAUAAAUCGGAGUGGUAACGGACUGACAGCUAGGAGCAUAAUUAAUGGAGCUCUUUUCUCUUCAUAUUUAUCAUCUGUCUCUGUCAAUGGCUCACACAUUACUGUUGUCAAGUGACCUCAAGUAGAUCAGAUUCUUGAAUACUUCUUUCCUCAAGGUUCAAGUUUUUAAGGCACCACUUUCCAAUACGACACCUUUUAUGACGGGUUUACAAGUUGUAACUAAUUACAUUGAUUUAUAUGGUUAAUUUACUGUCAACUUCAUUAAGGUUAAUAAGUUAUUUACCAUUGCUUUAUACAUUGGUAAUAAGCCACUGAUACCAGCAACUUUUAUGUUGCAACUCUCGGGAAGAAUCCCUUCCAGCUGGGGGAACGCUUCGACACAUCAUAUUGUGUUAUUAAGAUGCAAGAAUGGCGCAAGGUUCCCAAGUUCUCUUAAUUGACUAACUUCCAUUGCAAAAGUAGCACUCUGCCCAUUGAGCUCGGAUUAUGAAUAAUAAUAACCAGGGAUCCUACAUAAUUCAUGUGUUUCAACACCAUCAACAUUAUCAUAAUAUCUUUGCAUUUAUUUUUCAAUUUGCCUUAGCUAGAAAUAUCAAAUUGAACCUUAUAGCGGGCCACCUAAGGCAUGCGGACCCCACUUUGGGCAGCCCUGCUAUGAAAGAAUAUCAGCAAGUCAUGAGCAGACCAGCUGGUUGGUGGUGGUAUCACUCAAAGAAGUGAGCAGGAGAAAGAAACGAUUCACAAAAUGAGCACUGUCAGGCCAAAGAGAUUUUUCAUAUCCUGACAACUUUGACGUUCUUUUUUUUUGUCAAUGGCUUAUUACUGCUCUAUAAAUCAUUGAAGUAUUUAAUAACCCUUAAUGACCCUUUAGUUACCCAUGUAAUUAACCUGCUAUAAAAGGUGCCUUCUUAGACGGUGGUAGCAUGUUUAAAAUCACUCAUGAUUCAAAAUGUAUUAUGCAGGCUUUACUUACUGUAGGCUACUCUAAAAUCGAUAUUGGUCUCUGAUCUGUCAAGUAUUUCCAGCAUUCAAUCGAGUGUAGUUGAGGUUCUAGGGAGUCAGAAAAGUGCCAAUAUAACAUCAAAAAAAUUGGGGACCACCACAACAGUUGACCGUAACAAUAACUUGUCUUCAGGCCUGCGUCUGAUAAUUGUUGUGAUGAAACAAUGGUGCAUACACCUGCCAAGAGGAAGGCUUAUUGAUUAUUAGUUAUUAAACAUGAGUGUUUUCAGUCACAACCCUCCAGUUCCAUCAGAUGACCGAUCUGUAGUAAAACCCAUUCAGAUUCCCCGCGAGGUGCUUUGUUGCAUGCCAUUGAUGCCUACCGUUUCUUUUUCUAGUCUUUUCUUUUUCUUUCCUUUUUAUUUGUUUUGUUUUUUUUAAGUGUUCUGUUGAGCAGUGGGCUUGACUAGAUCCCAAACUUUCACCGUAGCUUUGAUUUGUCUGACUGAUGCUUGUUUACAUUUAGAUGAUCUCUGGCCUACUAGUGUGUCUUUUCUUUUAAAGUUGUGUCAUUCUCCUCCGGCAUGCAUUUCACCUCUACGUUAACUGUACAGUUUGAAGACAUGGCAGUGUACUGCUGAGUGUAAAUAGCAAAUCCAUCUGGGUAAAUCUAAUGUAAUUUGAUGAAGAGGGUUUAAAAGGGAAGAAACAUUUUAAGAGUGGAGAGUAAAACUGAGAAAACAUAUGUAAAUAGUCUGUAAAUUAUAAUUAUUAUUAUUAUUACUAUUAUUAUUAUUAUUAUUAUUACUACUACUCAAUGUGUGCAGUUCCACAGAAGCUGCAUUCCUGCUCCCCUCUGAUAUUUACAUAAUCAUCAAAUGCUUCUCUCUGCCUCCGACAGGCUGAAUUAUCAUAGGAUCUAGAGGUGAACGGCCAACUGUUACACAGUUAACACCGCUUCUGACUUAUUUCCUAAGACGCUCCUGUUCUCUCACACUCACAGCCCACUUUUGAAGUCAAAGGGACGGGAGGAGUGCUCUUAUUUUAUUAUGCAUUCUGUUUCUAAGUAGACAAAACCCCAUUGGUGUAAAACUAGUACUGUGACGAUGUUGAGAACACAAAAUAAAGCGAUAUACUGUUAAACCA